CCCGACUGAGCGACGCUAGAGUCGUGCGUCGUGUCCCCUUGGCGCGGCGCCCACCUCUGACCUCGCCACUGGAGAUGCUGCUGCGCCAGAGCUGAACUAAAACCCCGGGAAAUCAGGCAGCAGGCCGCCGGAGGAAAUGGAGCAGCUGGUGGGAGUUCACCAUCACCACCACUCGCUCUCCCCUCGGGCUCCUCGCACCCCGACCCGCCCGCAGCCGCAGCCGCAGCCGCACCCGCUCCUCCACCAUCUCCCGUCCAACAGGUUCCGGGAUCUCCACUCCCAGAUUCACAAUCACAUUCACCCCGCGGUCCCCGCGGCCAGCAGGGUGCUCCGCGCCACCCCGCCCUUCUUCCUCAUCCUCCUCGCCGCCGUCUACCUGCUUGCCUCCGUCACCAUCUUCUCCGCCCCCACGCCGCUGCUCCGCCUCCGAUUGGCCUCUCCCAGGCCGCUGAUCCUCCCGAAGCCCGCGCCACCGCCGCCGCCGCCUGCGCCGGAGCUCUUUGAUUUAGACGGCGGGAGUGUCCGGGUCCGCCUCACCAAUGUCGGCGCCGCCGUCACCUCGUUCCUCGUCCCGGACAAGAACGGGGUUCUCGCUGAUGUGGUGCUCGGAUUCGACUCGCUGGAUCCGUACCUGAAUGGAACCUCACCUUACUUUGGCUGCAUUGUUGGUCGAGUUGCAAAUAGAAUCAAGGAUGGAAAGUUCACUCUAAAUGGGGUGCAGUACAAUCUGAGUAUCAACAACCCACCUAACACUCUUCAUGGUGGGUUUAAAGGGUUUGACAAAACUAUAUGGGAAGUUGCCGAGUAUAACAAAGGGGACAAGCCCUCAAUCACCUUCAAGUAUUACAGUAAAGAUGGAGAGGAAGGUUACCCAGGUGAUGUUUCUGUCACUGCGAGAUACUCGCUUCUCCCAAGCGCGACACUGAAGCUUGAGAUGGAAGCUAUACCACUGAACAAGGCCACACCCAUCAGCCUAGCACAGCACACCUACUGGAACCUGGCAGGCCACAGCUCAGGAGACGUGCUCUCGCACUCGGUCCAGAUCUGGGGCUCUCAGAUAACCCCGGUAGACCAGACCUCAAUACCUACAGGCGAGCUCAUGCCAGUGACUGGCACCCCCUUCGAUUUUCUGACCGGGACCAGGAUCGGAAGCAGGAUCGACCGGGUCCCCGGCGGUUACGAUCACAACUACAUGCUCGACUCCGGCGAAGUGAGGUCAGGCCUGCGGCAUGUGGCGCACGUCGUGGACCCGUCCAGCUCGAGGGCCCUGGACAUCUGGGCCGACGCGCCUGGCGUGCAGUUCUACACCGGAAAUUCUCUUGGUGGCGUCGUGGGCAAAGGAGGCGCGGUCUAUGGGAAGCACGCUGGCCUCUGCCUCGAGACGCAGGGUUUCCCCAACGCUGUUAACCAGCCGAAUUUUCCCUCGGUCGUGUUUGGCCCCGGUGAGAGGUACAGCCAUACGAUGCUGUUCGAGCUCUCUACCGAGUGAGUCAUGUAGCCCGUCUGCCUGCCCGUGUAGAUAGAUAGAUAUACACCGUUUUUAUUUUCCUUGUUGUUUUGUGCUUGCGAGUAGUCAAGAAACUGUGGCGCGCGCGGCGGUUGUUCAAUUGAUUCUUGGUUUAGGGCUGAAUGUUGUAGCAGGAAUGCAGCAAGACUAGUAGGAAAGGAACGGAUUUGGGGGGAGGUACUAGGUUACUAGGUCUGCAUCUCGUUCUGAUGUGAACCUGUCACUUGUGUGUGUGUUGAGUUUAGUUCAUUCAGGAUUUAGCAGUUCUUGCAUGAGGUAGGCUAACAUCGCAUUUCCUGUCGAGAGAAAAACUCGAUCGAAACCUGAGUUUAGUAUGGUUUCAGGAUGCAGCAAUCGACUUAUCGACAUUCACGUUC